GCUCGACCCGGAAGCCGCCGUGGCAGCCGCACAAGCUGCGCUCGUCUCUCGGCUGGGGAGCUACGUGUCGCACCGGGUUCUUGAGCCGGCCGUGUCCUCCUCCCUCGGUCGCCACUGGCCCAUGAGUCCCCAUGGCGACGGCAGGGGCCAGGCCCGGGGGCGGGCAGUCCGAGUGGGGCUGCGGCGCUCCGGGGGCAUCCGCGGCGGCAUGGCCGUGUUCGCCGCCGUGGCCGCAGUGUUCACCCUCACCCUGCCCCCCUCGGUACCGGGGGGAGACUCCGGGGAACUGAUCACAGCCGCACAUGAGCUUGCAGUUGCGCAUCCUCCUGGCUAUCCUUUGUUCACGCUGGUGGCUAAACUGGCAAUUAUACUGUUUCCUUUUGGUUCAAUUGCCUACCGCGUCAAUCUUCUCUGUGGCUUAUUUGGAGCAGUAGCUGCAUCAUUACUUUUUUUCACUGUUUUCAGGCUUUCUGGCUCAUCUGCUGGAGGAAUCCUUGCUGCGGGGGUGUUUUCAUUUUCUCGUCUAACAUGGCAGUGGUCCAUUGCAGCAGAGGUUUUUAGCUUAAACAAUCUGUUUGUGGGGCUGCUUAUGGCUCUUACUGUACAUUUUGAGGAAGCAGCAACUGCUAAGGAGAGAUCAAAGAUAGCUAAAAUUGGUGCUUUCUGCUGUGGCCUUAGUUUAUGUAACCAGCACACAAUAAUACUCUAUGUUUUGUGCAUAAUACCUUGGAUUCUCUUUCAACUUUUAAAAAAGAAGGAACUCUCCCUGGGCUCUUUGUUGAAGUUGAGCCUGUACUUCUCUGCUGGUUUGCUGCCCUAUGUCCACCUUCCUAUUUCAUCUUACCUUAAUCAUGCCCGGUGGACCUGGGGAGACCAGACAACACUGCAAGGAUUUUUGACACAUUUUCUCAGGGAAGAAUAUGGAACCUUCAGCCUGGCCAAAUCUGAAAUAGGAUCCAGUAUGUCUGAAAUAUUGCUUUCUCAAGUAACAAAUAUGAGGACCGAACUCUCAUUCAACAUCCAAGCCCUUGCAGUUUGUGCAAAUAUAUGUUUAGCAAGAAAGGACAAACAGAAUCCAUCAUUAAUAUGGCUUUUUACUGGAAUGUUUUGCAUUUAUUCAUUGUUCUUUGCUUGGAGAGCAAAUUUAGAUAUUUCAAAACCACUUUUCAUGGGUGUGGUGGAACGAUUCUGGAUGCAGAGCAAUGCAGUAGUGGCCGUCCUCGCUGGCAUUGGUUUGGCUGCAGUUGUGUCUGAGACUAACCGAGUGCUGAAUAGCAAUGGGCUUCAGUGUCUGGAAUGGCUUUCUGCAACUCUUUUUGUAGUUUACCAAAUAUAUUCUAAUUACAGUGUUUGUGACCAAAGGACCAACUAUGUGAUUGAUAAGUUCGCGAAGAAUCUUCUCACCUCUAUGCCUCAUGAUGCAAUUAUCUUACUCAGAGGAGAUUUGCCAGGAAAUUCUCUCCGUUACAUGCAUUACUGUGAGGGGUUGAGGCCUGACAUUUCAUUAGUGGAUCAGGAAAUGAUGACUUAUGAGUGGUAUUUACCCAAGAUGGCAAAGCACUUGCCAGGUGUCAACUUUCCUGGGAACCGGUGGAAUCCUGUGGAAGGAAUAUUACCUAGUGGAAUGGUCACAUUUAAUCUUUAUCAUUUUCUUGAAGUAAAUAAACAAAAAGAAACAUUUGUUUGCAUAGGAAUUCAUGAAGGCGACCCAACCUGGAAAAAGAACUAUUCACUUUGGCCAUGGGGGUCUUGUGACAAAUUAGUUCCUUUGGAGAUUGUAUUCAACCCUGAGGAAUGGAUUAAACUUACAAAAAAUAUCUAUAACUGGACUGAAGAAUAUGGAAGGUUUGAUCCAUCUUCUUGGGAAUCUGUGGCCAAUGAAGAAAUGUGGCAAGCGAGGAUGAAAACACCGUUCUUCAUCUUUAACCUGGCAGAAACUGCUCACAUGCCUUCAAAAGUGAAAGCUCAACUCUACACUCAUGCAUAUGACCUUUAUAAGGAGAUUGUCUAUUUACAAAAGGAGCCCCCAGUGAAUUGGCACAAGAACUAUGCCAUCGCCUGUGAGCGGAUGCUGCGUCUUCAGGCAAGAGAUGCAGACCCUGAAGUGCUGUUAUCUGAAACCAUCAGACAUUUCCGUCUGUACUCUCAGAAAGCACCGAAUGACCCACAGCAAGCUGAUAUUUUAGGUGCUCUAAAGCACCUAAGAAAAGAACUGCAAAGUCUGAGAAAUAGGAAAAAUGUCUGAGACAGCAAAAUAUGAAAAACCUGCUCAUCAGUCAGCUUCCAAAAUUCUGAAGUCCGGAAGUUUUUCCUUCAAGAAAAGAAACUGCAUAAAAAAUUUAAAACUAAGUCAUCUCCCAGAUAUAAGUAUCAUGGUCCAGCAGUACUGUUUAAUGGGGUGUUCAGUGACUAAGAUCUACUAUUUAUGCAAAAUUCUGUUUAUCCCGUGUUACCAAAUUACCAUUUCAGUGAGAAGCUUUUGAAAAGUCUUCUGACUUCCAGUCUUUCACCAGAUGACUGCGCUGGAUUAGAUUCUAGAAGAGAAUGAACCAUUUUCAUAUAACUAAAUAUUGGUCAUGAACUGUGUAAGGGCCGUGCUUAUUGGGAUCAGUUUUAAAGUUAAAUUCUUUUGAUAUUAAUACCAGACCAAAGACAUUUUCUGUUUCCUAGAAAAAAAUGAAUCAUGUUAGGCUUUAGGUGACAGUACAUUUUUUACCAAGUAGCUAUAGUUGUUACAUAGUCUUACACUUUAAGCUAAACACCAAAUGGGUGAUAUUUUGAAAAAAGUUUGUAUUUUACUGUCUUAGAUUGUUCUCGGAAAUCACUAAAAAAAAAAAAAAAAAAGCUAAUUUGAUGUUUGCUUAUUUCAGUUGCAGAAACUGAUUGGCGAGUAAAAAAGAUUUUGCAUUUACUUAACUAAUUUUAUAUUUGUUUUAUUUCUAUUUGGACUCAGAGAUCUAGGCCCAAUAAUUAGUAGGCUCCUGCUGCCAAAAUGCAAAGGGGGAAAAAAAGGCAGGGAUUGGGGGGAUGGGGAAGUGGCCCAAUAAAUUCAUUUCUGUUACAAGCAUCUUUUAUACAUAUUACUAAAGAGAACAUAGUAAGAAAUGCAAAUAAUGGUUCUUUAUUUUAUUAUGACAGUUAAUUAAUAGCAACCUGUUUUAAUGAAUAAAGUCACUCAGAGUCCUUCAGCACUUCCUAAGUAGAGGCCAGAAUCUGUAGGGCUUCUUUUCCCCCCAAUUGUGUAGCUCCUAGACUCCAAGCACUAUAUAGGCCCCUGUAUAGAAAUGCUCACUAAUGAAGAGGGAGGGCUAGAAGCUUGUCUGCAUUCAAAGAUCACUGGUGAGUCAUUCAGCAAGAAAAGGCCCCUUACCAGGAAUAGUCACAGUUCCGUGGCAUUGUACUAGCAAAAGGGUCUGAUCAAAGGUCUCCUGUGGAGCUUGCAUGGUUCCCUUUCAUACUACGACCAUAAUUAAAACCACUAAUUCUCUUUUAAAAUGCUGCAGGAUGCCAUGUAGGCAUCUGUCUGGAGUGUCCUUUGUGAUGUCAUAAGCUGUUAAGGACCAGUGCCGAGGGCUUUUGAGUGAAAUGCCAGUCAUGAAGGUGCUUCAAGACAAGGGUGCCUCUAAAAGCUUGACAGGGCCUUGACUGCACAAUUCGAGCUGAAUUUGCCCCUUGUCAGCUGCCAGUAAAUAAAUCUCAAAGGGGGAAAAGCUGAAGUUUCAUUACCUGAUCCAUGGGGCUUUGUUGGUUUUGGCAUCACACAGGGGAAGCUCUUGCCCCUCCAUUCUCUGGAUUUGAAGAUGUCCAUUGGAGCCUGCAGUGCCUGGACAGGGUUCAGAGCGGAACCUUUUGAAGAGUGUCAAUAGUUGUAACAGUUCAGCUGUUAGGAAGACAAAUAAAUGGAGGAGCUCAUUAAUCCGCUUUUGGCUCUCAGUGCCUUUUGCCCUUUUAUCACAGCCUUAUUAGGCUCCUACUCAUCUUGAACCAGAAAAAAAUGAAUUGAAGUUGUUGAGUACUAAUUGGCAAAGACUUUUAAUCAUGGGCCAAGAACUUUCACUGACUUGAAAGUAACUUCUCCACAGGGAAGGACCAAAAACCUGGUUUACCUUAAAACAAAAACCUGUUGGAGUUCAGCGUGGUGUAAAAAUGUAAGGAAGCGUUGAUAAAUUGUCUAAGUUUAUCCAUUUGAAAGAAAUUGUGUAAGAUUAUGAUAUUCUCUUUUCUUUAAAAAAAAAAAAAGUACAAUAAAAUUCAAACAUUCCUUAGGAAA